GGGGUUACCCCUGCGCAAGUUUUCCGUGUGUGUGGAAACGCAGUGUAAACAGAUGUCAGUUUAUAAGUUUCGCCGAGAUAGUGUGUAAUGUGUAUGAUGGGGCGACUGACGCUUAACUCCGCAGAGUGUUAAUACUUGUGACAGGCAUUAGGGAGAAAAUUCAGUCACAUUUCCUUUUAUCAUUGAGAGGAUGUGAAAUCUAUUGAGCCUUCAACAUGGACCAAAAUGCAAAAAAUAGAACACGGCUGUUGGAUGCUGUAUAGUUUUUCAGCUCUCAUGUGGUGAAAGCAUAUGCAUUAGCAUGUGCAUGUGCAUGUAUUGCUGUAUAUACUUCUCCAUUGCAGUGCAUCUAUUUUAUGAGAAUGGGCCUAGUGAUGUCAUUACAUUGAAGUAGUCUGAAGCUUCUAUGCAUUGUACAUGUACAUGGUAAUGCACAUUCGUCUGUUAAUUAUCCGUGUCAAGCGACAUGUUUUUCUGACAAUAUUUAUGUUCAGUUUGGUUGCUGUAUUGGGCUUCGUAAGUCACAAAUGGCGGAAUAUGAUUUUGAACCUAGAUUUACGAAAUAGAAGACAAGCCGCUAUUGUACAACCAUUUGUUAUCAAGACUGACCUUUUGAAAGAGGAAAAUGUACAAAAGCUACUGUCAAGCAAGUCUUACCACCUUACCACAGAGAAAAUACUCAAUGAAAAAAUUGCUAAAGCAAAAAGGUUUUAUCAAAAGAUGCAACAUAUAUCACAAAAAAUGAAGAAAUAUCGUAGUAAUAGUAACACAGAGCAAAACAGAACUGUGAGUACAAAACUGAACUAUGAUGUACAUAUAUUUUAUUAUGUGUGGUAUGGAAAUUUAGUAGUUGAUCAUGAGUGGAAACACUGGAAUCACAGGUACCUACCAAACUGGAAAAGAGAAGAUAAGAGAGUUUACCCUACAGGCAGUCAUCAGCCUCCUACAGACAUUAGCUCGAACUUUUACCCAGCACUUGGAUGUUACAGCUCAAGAGAUAAUAAUAUUAUUGAUGUGCACAUGAGGCUUCUAAGAGAUGCUAACAUUGGUGUACUUGUCAUCUCAUGGUAUCCACCAGGAAUGUCUGAUACCGAGGGUGCCUCAUCAGAUUCAUUAGUUUCAGUUUUGCUGGACAUUGCUAAUAAAUAUGACCUCAAGAUAGCACUGCAUAUUGAACCAUACAAUGGCAGAAAUCCUAUCAAUCUUGCAAAAUAUUUACAAUACAUUGCAACUCAGUAUGCAAGUCAUCCAGCCUUCUACCAUAGACAACAUAGAGGAAAGAAACUGCCUGUGUUUUACAUUUAUGAUUCCUAUCUAACUCCUUCUGGAACAUGGAAAGAGCUUCUCAGCUAUAAAGGAAAUCUUAGUGUACGUGGAACAAAACUGGAUGGAAUAUUCCUUGGGCUCUUGGUAGAUGUUCAACACAGAUAUGAAAUAAAGAAGGCACACUUUGAUGGUUUCUACACAUACUUUGCUAGCAGUGGAUUCACAUAUGGAUCAUCAUGGAAAAACUGGCGAAGUCUUAGUAAAUUUGCAUAUCAGAAUAGUCUUAUAUUUGUUCCAUCUGUUGGUCCUGGGUAUAUUGAUACCCAGAUUAGACCUUGGAAUGUCGCAAAUAUCAGGCACAGGCGCCAUGGAAAAUACUAUGAGGUUGCUUGGCGAAGUGCAAUAACUACCCAACCUAAAAUAAUUUCAAUAACUUCAUUCAAUGAAUGGCAUGAGGGAACACAGAUAGAACCAGCCUUACCGAAGUCCACUCCCUCAUUUACGUAUCUAGAUUAUGAACCUGAAGGUCCAUAUUUUUAUCUAAAUUUGACUAAAUGGUGGAUAAAUGAAUUCACAAAAAGAACACAGGACGACAGCACCAGAAUUUAAUAUUAACGUUAAUGUUUCAUUGAUACUAUGUGCGUACUUUUUAAUGGUAUGAAUCUAGCAAAUUGCCACUGUAAUUACUCAAGAGUUGUGUGAUUGUAUCUAGUUGACAGAAUCAGUGAAUCCCAUACCAUCAUGUCACUUGCAUCCAGAAAACUGAUUUCCACAUGAAAAUGCCAUAUGACUACAUAUGUAGCUUUUAAAUAGAUAUUAUUUUCAAAUAAAAUUUUGCUACUUGCUGCUGGUAAA